GGGUUGUUCAAGAUGGGAACUAAGAAGUCUACCAAGAAGUUCGAAAAGAACCAUCUUAGGGAUACGAUUGACCGGCGACGAGAGUUCUCUAAGGUUAAACAGCGGCACCAAAUCAGAGACAAGAAGAAGACCAAAAAUGCGGCAAAGCUUGAAGAGGCUGCCAGACAGGAAAAUGAGAUGAAAUCGACCUCCGAUGGGCCGCCGGAUACAUCUUUUUCGAAUAUGGCGGUAGAUGACUUUUUCGCCGGCGGAUUUGAAAUCGCAGACGUCCCUGCAACUACGAAGCCCUCCAAGAAGCAAAAGAAGGAUGUUGGCCCAAAAACGGGUAAAAGGAAGCGAGUAGAGGAUAAGGAUGACGCUGACAUGCAAGACCGAAGUGAUGAUGAGAGUAGUGCAGCUGGCUCGAGUGAAGAGUCAGGCGGGAGCGACUCGGACAAUUUGGAAGCUCAUAAAGACCAAUUGGAGGCUCUGAAGGAGAAAGACCCUGAAUUUUAUAAAUACCUGAAAGAAAACGAUGCCGAACUUUUGGAAUUUGGGGAUCAUGGUGAUCUUGCUGAGGUUGACGAGCUAAGCGAGGCUGAGGAAGAAGAGGCCCCCUCCUCGAAAAAGCCCAAGAAAUCCAAAAAGCGCGAUGAGAAAUCGGACCUGAUGCCCGACAAAACCCUCAAGCUGUCGAUGGUGAAACAAUGGCAGAAGUCAAUGCUAACACAGCAUUCGUUACGCGCGACAAGGCAAGCGGUUCUAGCAUUUCGUAUUGCGGCUUAUGUUGAUGAAGAGGAUAACAACGAGGACCGAAAAUACACCAUAUCCAACCCUGACGUAUACCACCAGGUUUUGAUAACCGCGCUCGAGGAAGUUCCAAAGGUCUUGAAUCAUCAUCUCCCCAUUAAAGAGACAGCUGGCGGGAAGAUAAGGCUCCUCACUACACUUUCCGACGCUGCAGCAUUGAAGCUUACAAUAUCUUCGAUUGAGCCGAUGCUUCCGUACAUUUUACCGUUCCGAAAGCUGCUAAAGUUAUCGGGGACGCUGGAAUUCGAGAAACAGUUUUGA